AUGACUUCGCGUUUGACGACAUCAUCCGUUCUUCCCCUAAUUACCUCGCGCGCAACCUGCCUCCGCCGUGCGCAUUCGCAGAGCCGGUUCACUCUACCACCGACCAUCCGUCAAAUCCUCUCCUCGUCGCGCGUAGAUGAGCCGGUGACCGUCAACGCCUGGGUCAAGUCGAUCAGAAAACAAAAACGCAUCGCGUUCGGGGUCCUGAGCGACGGGAGCUCCGCCGCCGGGCUGCAGGCCGUGUUCCCGAACGAGCAGCUGGGGGAACACGUCAAGGAGAUCACUAAUGGAACCGCGGUACGUGUGCGCGGGACGAUAGUCGAGAGCCCCGGUGCAGGGCAGGACAGGGAGCUGCGGGUCGAGGAUGUGGAGAUCCUGGGGGCGUGUGAUGCCGAGACAUAUCCUAUACAGAAGAAGUUUCUGUCUCCCGAAUAUCUACGCGAUAACACGCAUUUCCGAGCGCGGACGGAUGGUAUCGCGGCCAUGCUCAGACUACGGGGCGCGUUACAGCGCGGUAUCGCGGCGUACUUCGAGAAUCAAGACUUCACAAGCACGCAUACGCCCAUCUUGACCACGGGCGACGCCGAAGGCGGCGGCGAGGCCUUCCGCCUGGCACCUCUCGAAGCCGAGGCUACGUCCGCCGACAAAACACGGACCGAGGCCGACCGCGAGUUCUUUUCGCGGCCGGCGUACCUCACGGUCUCACAUCAGUUGCACCUGGAGGCGCUGUGCCACAGUAUGUCGCGCGUGUACAACCUGGGCCCCUGCUUCCGCGCGGAAAGCGGCGUGACGCGCCGGCACCUGGCCGAGUUCUGGAUGCUGGAGGCGGAGUGGAACGUGCUCCCGGUGGCGGAUCCUCGAGACCAGACCGGCGCGCUGUGUGAUUUCGUGGAGGGCUUGGUGAAGGGCGUGGUUGGCGACGGGGGCAUUGUGCACUCUGAAGACGUGGACUUGCUAUGGAGGCAUCACGAGCGGGAUGCGGCUGAACACGCCCAGCAACGGGCAGCGUUAGUUCAGUGCGUGACGACGGAGAAACCCUGGACACGGAUGACCUACACUGAUGCGAUUCGGGAGCUGCUCAGGGCUGAUCGGCAGUGGACGUUCCCCGUCCAGUGGGGCCUCUCGCUGCAGAGCGAGCACGAGAAAUGGCUGUGCGAGACGCUCGUGGGCGGGCCUCUGUUCGUGACGGAUUACCCGGCGGACAUCAAAGCGUUCUAUAUGAAAGCUAAUCCUGCUCUGGUGGGCGAGUACGGCCCGACGGUUGGGUGCUUUGACCUGUUGAUGCCGCACGUGGGUGAGUUGGCGGGUGGCAGUGUUCGCGAGGACCACAUCGAGCGCCUGCGGGCCAGCAUGGCCAGCAAGGGCAUGAGUUUGGACGGCGAACGGUACGGAUGGUACGGACAGCUCAGACAGUACGGCGGGUCGCCCCACGUGGGCUUCGGGAUGGGAUUCGAGCGACUGGUUAGCUGGAUCAGCGGGGUCGAAAAUGUGCGGGAAUGCAUUCCGAUGCCUCGCUGGUCAGGAAGGAUGAUUUUAUAAUAGCAGAUAAAUGACAGCAGACAUGAAAACUACAAAGAUACACAGCUAGACUAGAUCGAAAAACUUCUAAACGCUGCUAAACGCUGCUCAUUUCCACGGGCAGUUGGCUGUAACCAUACUCAUCCCUGCGGUUGGGGCGGCCCAGCGAGCGGACGCUGCUCCAGACGUCGCCGACGGCAGUGCGGACAGUGGCGAAGAUGUUCGAGGAGAACUCGGCGUCGGACCCAGGCAUGAUGCUGUCCGCAGGGCGUUUCCACCAUUUCAAGGUCAGGGAACUGGUGACGACGCUCACACUGGAGAACGCCAUCGCCGCACCAGCCAACAUCGGAUGCAUGUACAGCCCCAGCGGGAGGAAGAAGCCCAUGGCAAGCGGGAUGCCGAGCAGGUUGUAGAUGCACGCCCAGACGAGAUUGCGCUUGAUGACAGAGAAGAUGCUCCGGGAAAGAUGCAGGGCAGCGACAACGUCGAGCAGGUCUCCGCGCAUGAGGACGAUGUCGGCAGCCUCGAUGGCAACGGACGUGCCGGAUGCGAGGGCGAUGCCGACGGUGGCAGCGACGAGCGCAGGCGAGUCGUUGAUGCCGUCUCCGACCAUGGCGACUCCCUGCUGGUGCUUCUCCAUCAGCUCGGUCACCAUCGACGCUUUGCCCUUGGGGCUCAUGCCAGCCCAGACACCGUCCGCGGGAAUGCCGACCUGCUUCGCGAUCGCCAGGGCCGUGGUCUUGCUGUCGCCGGUCAUCAUGUUCACCUCGAUGCCCAUGCGCUGCAGUGCUCGAAUCGCAUACUUGCUCGACGGCUUCGGUGCAUCGGAAAGCGAUACGGCCAGGAUCGGCAGGGGCUGGGACGACGUGGCCUUGAGCAACGACGCGUAGAUGACCGUGCGCCCGAGGGUCGUUUCCUGGGCUUCGUAAGCAGACAGCGUCGACGGGACGUAUCCAUCCUCAGACUGGGUGAUGAACCUCGCAGUGCCAACGAACAAGGUGUACUUGGACCCCGCGUAGGUGAUGAUCGCGCGCAGGCCAGACCCAGUCACGCUCUCGAAACUCUCCAUGCUCGUCUUAUCUUCCGUGUCCCGCAGAAGCUCCUUGCCAUAAGCAGCGAUCGCAGUGGCCAGCGGAUGCUCCGACUUGGCUUCAGCAGCAGUCACCAUCGACAGCGCCGCAAGCCGCGUCGUCACAUUGUCGGCGCACAGAGCAUCCAGUCCGGUGUCGUUUCCAAAUGGCCCCUCAGAAGACGAGUGCGCAGGAACCCAGUGCAAUCCAACAACGCUCAUCUUCCCGACGGUGACAGUCCCGGUUUUGUCAACCACGACACGGCGGAUGCUCCUGCUGGCUUCAAGCGCUCUGCCACCUUUGAUGAGGAUGCCGUUCUUGGCGCCCAUGCCAGUGCCGACCAUGAUGGCUGUCGGCGUGCUGAGCCCGAGCGCACAGGGACACGCGACAACCACAACGCUGAUGCACAUCUGCACGCAGACAGCCAGCUUGCUCGUGCCGUGCUUGAGGAACAUCGACGGCAGAUCCUCGUCGCUCACAAACGUCGAGAUGAGCAGCCACGCAAUCAGAGUCACCACCGCGAGCGAGAUCACACCAGGCACGAAAUAUCCGGCGACCUUGUCUGCGAACGCUUGGAUCGGCGCCUUUGACGUCUGCGCAUCCUCCACGAGCUUGACGAUCUGCGAGAGCGCCGUGUCCUUGCCAGCUCGUGUCACUAUCAUAUCGAACGUCCCCAACCCGUUCACAGUUCCGCCGAUAACACUGUCUCCCGCCUGCUUCAACACUGGAAUCGGCUCCCCGGUGAUCGCACUUUCGUCCACGCUCGAAGAACCUUUGAUGACCGUGCCGUCAGCGGGAACUUUGUCGCCCGGAACCAAUUUCACGGUGUCCCCAACCUCAACAAGCUCAGUGGCGAUCUUCUUCUCCUGGGUGCAUGCUGGCGCAUCCGUGUAGAUAGUGGCCAUAGACGGCGUCAGAGCCAUCAGGUCGGUCAGCGCGGCGCUCGUCUUGCCCUUGGCCUUGUUCUCCAGGUAGCGACCGAGGGAGAUGAAGGUGAGCAGCAUCGUGCUGGUGUCGAAGAACAGAGCAGGCCGGUAGCCGGGCGUUGUGUUGAACAUGGCCAGGAACAUGAAUAUAAAUGAAUAGGCGUAUGCAGCGGUCGUCCCCAGCAUCACCAGUACAUCCAUCGUAGCUGCUCUGUGCUUGAUCGCCUUCCAGGCGCUCUUGUAGAAGCUAGCCCCGAUCCAAAAUUGCGCCGGAGUCGUCAGGCAGAACACCAACACAUCUCCGAGAUAGAUACCAUUCACCAGCUCUGAGUGUAGCAGAGUGCGGAUCCCGGGGAUGUGCGGCCCCACCAUAGAAAUGAAAAACACGGGGAUAGCAAAGCACAGACUCCAUAGCACGCGCGAUCGCCACACAAGAAUUUCCUUGGUUCUCGUCAAAGAGGCGAUCUGUGUCGAGUCACCCUGGUCUGCGAGCAUGGCGUCGAAACCCAUAUCCUCUAUUCUCUCGACCAUUUCGCGGGGCCCGAUAAGCGCUCGGUCGAAUUCGAUCGUGCACGUCUCCGUUGCAAGGGACACGGCAACGCUCUGGAUACCGGGCACCGAUGCUAAUCCUGCUUCGACAGUUGAUGUGCACGACCCGCAGGUCAUACCGAAAACCCGCAGAUUCACUUUGUCAGACCGGGAGGUCGGGAUGAGUGUCGCGUCAAAGCCAAUGUCGGAAAUUUCCUACGCAGACGGUCAGCCAUGCGGCACACGACAUGAGCUCAAGGAGCAGGACGCACAUUGACGAUUUUCUCCACGGUCCACAGCUUGGGAUCGUAUUCCACCACUCCCCGCUCGGCUAGAAGUGCGACCUUGAUGGACACGAUACCGGGCUGCUCGCGGAGCAUGCCCUCGAUAGACUAGUGCGCACUCCGUUGAUUGCCCGCACGACAAAAGGACGCACAAAGGACUCACCUCUACACAUGCCCCGCACGUCAUCCCCUCAAUGCGCAGAUCGCACUUCUCCACACCCAUAGAGGGCCCGUCCAGUUCCUUGCCCAUGAGCGAAGCAGAUUCGGCUGAGUCCGGAGGUAGUUCGAUACCCCUGCUUUUGAAGGUCGAGCUGAGAGGCGUGUUGGUCCAAAGUUCGUUCAGGAACUUGGCCAUGUCCGGAGUUUAUAUGCGUAUAUAUAUAUCUGAGGUUGUGAAGAGUAGGUAAAGGUGGGAGAGCCGAGAGCGCGCGAUGGAGGUUCUUACUUGAUGAUGAUGAAUAAGGCCGACUGACGGAAAGCUGAUUAAGAUGAUGGAGAAGCGGACAGAUGCAGGUGAUAGCGCCGGCGCAGUCGUUCAGAAGAGAAGUUCAAAGGGAGAAAAGAAAGUCGAAGAGUGGGAUUAGGAGAGAGGGUAGGACCCUGUGGGAUUUAAAUGUGGUAGUCGCAAGCAACCUUCUUUCCCGCUAAGCAACCCAUCACUUGAUUAGAAAGGUCGCAUCCGGGGGCUCGUGACUUCUUACCACCAUCAUCUCCCUCGGGUGAUGACGGAUGGUAAAGGAAAUACGAGGCUCCCCACGCCGCAGCGGGCGGUGGGGACUCAGCGCGAGUACCAGCCGAGACUAAAGGCACCUCGAAGUGAGGAUGGGUUGGGAUUACCCGGAAGUGCAGUGUGCACAGUACGCAGUACGGCGACUUCGUAGAGGUCAAUAGGAAUAUGAAUCGUUUCACUACACCCUACAGCCUGAAUGGCUCGCACACCAAUCUCCCCCUUAAUCCCUCAUCCCUCCUCCCCGACCAAGCCCUCAUCGACGCUGACACGAACGCCGCACUGUCAACACUACGGCGCCACGUCACGCACUUACGACACAACACGGGAACGGCAAACCAGUGGGGGACUGCGGCCAAAGACGCCAUUGCGGAGGUAUGAGCACCAUGCGGGAUGAUACGCCGCUACCCGGCGACGCUACUGGCGACGCGCCACUCCACACCACGAGACACCCGCCGACCUCGCUUAUACCUCUCCGCUCAACGCGCUCGACCGAAAUACUCUCUAAGACGAAUCUCGACGACAACUUUUGACGACACCUCUCGACGGCAACACUUGCAGAGCUACCACGACAUCCCGAGGCUCACACGAACAGCAACCUCACAUUCGACAAUCUUCGAUCUCUACUGUCGAGCGCCCGACCACCUGGGUCUGGGCCCAGAAGAAGACGCGACGAGGACCGCGCAACCCGAACCCGCCACAUCUACCGACUGUUCUAUUUGGGAGCAGGACGGGAAACGGGGGAGGGAACGCGUUGUAGGAUGAGGUCGAUCCCUCGUCUGAUAACGCCGCAACAGCGCGACCUAUUUAGGUCGGGGUGCGCUGGCCAGCAGUCCUGGCAUGUCGGGGGAGAUGAAUGCGAUGCGUGCCCAAGACACGGUUGGCGCUCCCCCGACAACCCCAAAGGUGAGACUUCACAGCGCCGAUCUUAGCGGGAAACGCGCUGUGUCUCUUUGGCUGGCUACUGAAAAUCUACAACAACCAUCGCAAGCUCAGCGAAACGAGCAACCGGAAGAUUCGACAAACACACCGGCACAGGCAACGGCAGCUGGAGGGCGGCAGGACUCCGCCACCGGUCCAGCCAGUUCCGACGAAGGUGACCGUGGAGGAGGGGACUUGGCAAACCACUGCCCGGAGGCAACCCGGGACAAUGGCCAACCUCCACAAGGGGAAGGACAGAUGUCCCGAGGAACCGAUGAUGGGCCCUGGGACGCAACUCCGACUGCAGCGAGCAGAUCGGGGGGCACAAGUGGAUGUGCUGAUGCGCAGAGCGCGCAGGGAACUGGGCAACAGUUACCCAGCCCAGACGACAGGGCCAGUCAUGCGCAGAGAGCGCAGGGAGCUGAGAGACAGCUACCCCCCCAAGAAGAAAGGGAAGCUGAGGACACAGUGCGUGGACCAGGGGGCACUAUUGCUAGUGCUAACGCGCAGAACGCGCAUGGGUCUCAGAGCGAAACACCAUCCCAAGACCAAGGGACCGCUGAAGGCGGAAAUGUCAGAGAGACGCAAGGACAGUGCCCCGCUACAUACCAUAAUGGUGAAACGCCAAUAAGGAACCAAUCUACCCUGCCUCCCACACACCCAAGCGCAGAGCGACCGCGAAACGGACAGAGUGCUGUGAGAAAGAAGAUGAAGACAGCGCUGAAAGUUGCUGGUCUCAACAUACGAGGCCACGGGAACCUGAAUGUGCACCAUCCCGACAACAAAUGGCUUGGGAUAUGGCAGAUCCUCAGGGAGCAGAAAAUCGCAGUACUAGUUGUGGGUGAGGCGCACAUGAACCAAGAGCGCAAAGAUAAUGUAAGCAAGAUAUUUGGCCGUAAGUUGCGAAUUGAGUUCACAGAGAACCCGCGGUCACCCAACGCGGCUGGGCUGGCGUUCGUCAUCAACAAGAACCUUGCAAGAGUGGACACAAUAGAAUCACUCACUGUAGUACCAGGACGGGCUAUGAUACUGAAGAUACAACAGGCAGAUGGAAGCCCGCUAUCUAUCCUCGGAGUAUAUGCACCCAAUAACCCCGCCGAAAACAGGCAAUUCUGGGAAGAUAUCGAUAAAUUCUUCGAAGACAACCCAAGGACUGGAAGACCAGACCUCAUGCUCACGAGGACGAUAAGAACGCGGUAGAUGCUCUAGAUGAGCUCAAGUCAAAAUUUACACUUGUUGAUGGAUGGCGCGCAACGUACCCCGAUACAAGGAACUAUACCUUCAGGCAACCACAUGCGCUUGGCGGAGCCCUGUCACGUAUAGACAGGAUAUACGUAAAGACUGCUAGCUUUGAGAACACCUUCGACUGGGGAAUACAACGUAUAGGCAUCGAGACAGAUCACGACCUUGUCUGGGCCAAAAUCACAACGGCGGACGCCCCAACAGUUGGCAAAGGACGAUGGGUCUGGCCAGCACACAUAAUGAAAGACAGAAACCUUGCAGAGUUCAUACUUCAAUCUGGCCUUGAGCUCAGUGCAGCACUGGAAGAGUUGAAGAAUAACAACAACCGGACUGUGGAAAACAACGCCCAAACCCUGUGGACAAACUUCAAGACAAAAAUUGGUGUCCGAGCGCGUGAACGUACUAAAGAGACAGCCCCCAAAAUCAUCAAGGAAAUAGCUGAACUGGA